GGCGGCGGCCGCGACUGCCCGCGUCCGAGGCUCGCGGGCGGCAGACCCCGGCUUGUACACCAUGGACAGUUUUGCUGAGGGAGAUUCCACUGUAGCGAAUUAUGCCUUGUUAAAAGAUUGCUCUUAUAUGGACGAUUGUAUUAUUGCUCCUGAACUUCUGGCUGAUGAUUAUGUUCGUGUGACUCAGCUUUACUGUGACAGGAUGGGUGUGCAAUAUAAAGAUUAUGCCCAAAGUGAAAGAAAUUUAGAAUUUGACAUCUGCAGUAUAUGGUGUAGUAAACCAAUAUCUGUCCUGCAAGAUUAUUGUGAUGCCAUUAAAAUAAACAUCUUCUGGCCCCUUCUGUUUCAACAUCGAAACUGUUCUGUAAUAUCACGAUUGCAUCCCUGUGUGGAAGUCAACAAUUCUCGUGCUUCUGAGAUAAGUUUGAAGAAAUUACAACAUCUUGAAUUGAUGGAAGAUAUUGUGGAUUUGGCAAAGAAAGUUGCUAAUGAUUCAUUCCUUAUUGGAGGCUUAUUGAGAAUUGGUUAUAAAAUAGAAAAUAAAAUCUUGGUGAUGGAAGAAGCUUUGAAUUGGGUCAAAUACACAGGCGAUGUAACAAUCCUAACUAAACUAGGAUCAGUUGACAAUUGUUGGCCUAUGUUAAGUGUUUUUUUUACUGAAUAUAAGUAUCACAUAACUAAAGUUGUAACAGAAAACUGCAAUUUACUUGAAGAAUUUAAAACCCAAAGUUGUAUGGAUUGUAUAGAGCAAGGAGAACUAAUGAAAAUGAAAGGAAAUGAAGAGUUUUCCAAAGAAAGAUAUGAUAUAGCUAUUAUCUAUUACACCAGAGCCAUUGAAUUUAGACCUGAUAACCACCUUCUUUAUGGUAACCGAGCUCUUUGUUUUCUUCGUACUGGACUAUUUAGAAAUGCGCUUGGUGAUGGGAAGAGAGCCACUAUUCUGAAGAACACUUGGCCAAAGGGUCACUAUCGUUAUUGUGAUGCUCUUUCUAUGCUGGGGGAAUAUGACUGGGCCUUGCAAGCAAACAUAAAAGCUCAAAAACUCUGUCAAAAUGACCCUGAGGGAAUCAAGGAUCUAAUUCAUCAGCACAUAAAGUUACAGAAACAACUAGAAGACCUACAAGGUCGAACACCAAAAAAGAAUCCAGUUAAAACCUUUUAUGAAAACAGGGCCUACACACCUAGGAGUUUAUCAGCACCUACAUUUAGUACUUCACUUAACUUUGUGGAGAAGAAAAGAGAUUUCAGAAAAGUUAACCAUGAAAUGGCAAACGGUGGUAAUCAGAAUCUACAGAAUGUAGAAGAGGCUUCAAAGGUAGACAAUUAUGACUGUCAUCCUGAAUUUCCACCACCACCAAGUCAGCUUCCAAAACAUAAAGGAAAACAAAAAUCCUGGAACAACGAAACAGAGAAGCUCAGUUCUAGUUCACAAUUGACUUUACCAAUAGAUUGGAAAAACAUCUUGGAAAAACAGUUUUCUAAAUCUUCCAGAGCUGCCCGCCAGGAUUUUGCUAAUAUACUGAAGAUGCUGAGAAGUUUAAUUCAAGAUGGUUAUGCAGCUUUGUUGGAGCAACGUUGCCGCAGUGCUGCACAAGCCUUUACAGAGUUGCUGGAUGGCUUAGAUCCUCAGAAAAUAAAGCAAUUGAACCUGGCCAUGAUUAACUAUGUCUUAGUAGUCUAUGGACUUGCUGUUUCUCUACUUGGAAUAGGACAGCCUGAGGAAUUAUCUGAAGCUGAAAACCAGUUUAAGAGGAUCAUUGAACACUACCCCAGUGAGGGACUUGAUUGCUUGGCCUACUGUGGAAUUGGAAAAGUAUAUUUGAAAAAAAACAGAUUUCUAGAAGCUCUCAAUCACUUUGAGAAAGCCCGAACCUUGAUUUAUCGUCUUCCUGGAGUGUUAACUUGGCCUACAAGUAAUGUGGUCAUUCAAGAGUCUCAACCAGAGAAAAUAAAGAUGCUAUUAGAGAAAUUUGUUGAAGAAUGCAAGUUCCCUCCAGUGCCAGAUGCCAUUUGUUGCUAUCAAAAGUGCUGCGGAUAUUCCAAAAUCCAGAUAUACAUAAGUGAUCCAGACUUUAAGGGUUUUAUACGCAUCAGCUGUUGCCAGUACUGUAAAAUAGAAUUUCACAUAAACUGCUGGAAGAAGUUAAAAGCAACAACUUUUAAUGAUAAAAUUGACAAGGAUUUUCUGCAAGGAAUUUGUCUUACCCCUGACUGUGAAGGUAUCAUUUCUAAGAUUAUUAUCUUUAGCAGUGGUGGUCAAGUUAAAUGUGAAUUUGAACACAAGGUCAUAAAAGAAAAGGUUCCAAGACCUAUUCUGAAACAGAAAUGUUCUAGUCUAGAGAAGUUGAGACUAAAAGAAGACAAAAAAUUGAAGAGAAAAAUCCAAAAAAAAGAAGCAAAAAAAUUAGCACAAGAAAGAAUGGAAAAGGACUCAAGAGAAAGUAAUCCACCCAAAAAUGAAGAACAGAAAGAAACUGUAGACAUGAUUCAAAGCUGUCAGUUCCUUGAUGACAGAAUUCUACAGUGUCUAAAGCAGUAUGCUGACAAGAUUAAAUCUGGUAUACUGAAUACUUCCAAACUUCUCAAAGAGUUGCUUUCUUGGAAAGUUUUGAGCCUAGAAGACUAUGCAACCUGUUUUUGUAGCAAAAAUUUUCUAAAUGAAGCAGUGGACUAUGUUAUUCAUCACUUGAUUCAGGAAAAGAAUAGAGUAAAGACAAGGAUAUUUCUGCAUGUUUUGAGUGAACUUAAAGAAAUGGAACCCAACUUAGCCACCUGGAUCCAGAAACUUAAUAACUUUGGCUUAGAUGCUACAGGACCCUUUUUUUCUCGUUAUGGGGCGUCUCUUAAAGAGAUUGAUUUUAGUGUCAUGACUUUUCUCUGGAAUGAAAAAUACGGUCAUAAACUCGACUCUAUAGAAGGAAAGCAGUUUGACUAUUUCUAUGAGCCAACAUCAUUGAAGGAAGCACGUUGUUUAAUAUGGCUGCUAGAAGAACACAGAGAUAAGUUCCCAGCAUUACACAGUGCUUUGGAUGAAUUCUUUGAUAUAAUGGACAGCCGCUGUACUGUAUUAAGGAAACAAGACAGUGGUGAAGCAACAUUUAGUUCUACCAAGGUGAAAAACAAAGGAAAGAAAAAGAAGCCAAAAGGUUCAAAGCCUAUGUUAAUUGGGUCUGGAACAACUUCAGUAACACCAAAUAAUGAGACUGUCUCUUCAGGUGAAGACCCUAACAGACAGAAUUCAGAUUCUGUAGGCCCAUUUGCAGUGCCGGACCAUCUUCGGCAAGACAUAGAAGAAUUUGAAGCUCUCUAUUACCAACACAGUAAUGAAUAUGUUAUCCGCAAUAAGAAGCUGUGGGACAUUAACCCAAAACAAAAAAGUUCAACUCUGUAUGAUUACUUCUCUCAGUUUUUAGAAGAAUAUGGUCCCUUGGACAUGAAUAACAAGAUGUUUUCUGAAUAUGAGUUCUUCUCAGAAGAAACUCGAGAUAUAAUAGAAAAAGCAGGAGGUUUACAAUCUUUUCUCCUGGGAUGUCCUCGUUUUGUUGUGAUUGACAACUGUAUUGCAUUGAAGAAAGUUGCAUCACGGCUCAAGAAAAAAAGGAAGAAAAACAUUAAAACAAAAGUAGAAGAAUUUUCAAAAUCAGGAGAAUAUUUACGAGUUAAAUUACCUCUGAAUCCAGCUGCCAGGGAAUUUAAGCCAGAUGUAAAGUCCAAAUCAGUGUCUGAUUUAUCUUCAGCACCAGCUUCUGACAAUGUAAAGCCCAAACCUGUGUCUGCUAAUUUUUCCAAACCAGCUUGUGAAGAUGUGAAGCCCAAAUCCAUAUCUGGUAAUUCUUCUGGACCUGUUUCUGAGGAUGGGAAAUCGAAAGGAGUCUCUUCUAAUUCUCCUAAACCAGUCUUUGAAGAUGCAAAUCACAAGGCACUCUCCUCUAAUUCUCCCAAACCAGUUCCUGAAGAUGUAAAACCAACCUAUUGGACUCAGUCUCAUUUGGUCACUGGAUAUUGUACAUAUCUUCAGGGAUUUAAUAUUACCCAGACAUCACCAACAUCCAUAAAUGUGUUACCCCAAUACACCAGCAUAUACACACCUUUGACCAGCAUUUCUGCUGAAUAUCAGCUACAAAGAUCAGUAACAGUGGUGCCGUCUUUUGUAGCCGGUGACAGAACAGAUAAAAAUGCUGCUGUAUAUUUUGAGGGUCAUCAUUUGAAUGCUGUGAAUGCUGCUGGUAGCCAGAUUGCCUCUGAAACUCAGACCUUUGAGAAUUCUUUGGGAGUAUCUGUAAAGUCACAGCGCAGCACGGGUGAUGCUGAUACAGCCCCAAGUGAGUCUAAUGGAAAUGAUGGGCACUGUGGGAAUUCAAACAGCAAAUCUGAAGUAAAUCCAGAAAGCACCAAUGCAAUAGCAAAUAUUCCGCCUACACAGAUGGUUGCUGUACAGAUGUCUUGGAACAAAACAUACCAAGAAGUCAAUACUGAGCCAUAUGAUCCUUUUGCGGCACAGCAGGGGAAAAUUUUACAGAUUGAAAAGGAGUACCAAGUAUUACAAGAACAGUUUAAGGAAGCAUGUCAAAAUUAUGAGCAGAUAAAACUUAAGGGCUCAGAAGAGACCAGGGACCUGGAAGAAAAGUUGAAAAGGAAUUUAGAAGAAAACAAGAUCUCAAAAACAGAAUUAGAUUGGUUCCUCCAAGACUUGGAAAGAGAAAUUAAAAAAUGGCAACAGGAAAAAAAAGAAAUCCAAGAAAGAAUAAAAGCACUGAAGAAAAAAAUUAAGAAGGUUUCAAAUGCCAGUGAAAUGUAUACCCAGAAAAAUGAUGGAAAGGUUAAGGAGCAUGAAUUACAUCUGGAUCAGUCCCUUGAAAUCAGUACUACUCUUACAAAUGAGAAAAUGAAAAUAGAAGAGUGUAUAAAGAAAGGGAAAGAGGAUUAUGAAGAGAGUCAUCAAAGAGCUGUAGCUGCAGAGGUAUCUGUACUUGAAAACUGGAAGGAGAGUGAAGUGUAUAAGUUACAGAUCAUGGAGUCACAAGCAGAAGCCUAUCUUAAGAACUUGAAGCUAAUGAGCAGUGAUUCUGCAGCAUGUCCUGACAUGGAAUCUGAAAAACAUUCAUGGGAAUUGUUUCUUUCUAAUGUUACAAAAGAAAUUGAGAAAGCAAAGUCUCAGUUUGAAGAACAAAUAAAGGCAAUUAAAAAUGGCACUCGGCUCAGUGAACUUUCUAAAGUGCAAAUUUCUGAGCUUUCAUUUCCUGUCUGUAAUAUAAUUCAUCCUAAGUUACUCCUUGAGUCUUUAGGACGUGAUGAUCAAGAGCUUGUGACUUCUGCAAGUGACGGGACUGGAAACCACACAACAGUUCUGAAUUCCAGUCUGCUCUCUGACAGUGACUGCCCGGUGGAGGCUCCUUCCAUGCCAUUGCCGGAGCCACCCUUGGGUCAGCUUGAAGUUGCUCAGCCACCAGGGCCAAAGAGGACUGGCCAGGCAGCUUCAUCAAAGCUAAGCUCUGUGGUCAACCAGAAACCACCUGUCCCUCAAGGACGUGCUACUUGUUCAAGCCAGUCUCCAAAAAAGCCAUUCAAUAGUAUUAUCGAGCACCUAUCAGUGGUAUUCCCAUGUUACAACAGCACUGAGCUUGCUGGUUUUACUAAAAAACUGCAAAACAAAAACAAGAACUUACUCUCAGGAUUGAGUAUUGAUGAAAUUGUCCAAAAAGUGACAGAACACAUUCUAGAUGAACAGAAAAAGAAAAAGCCAAAUCCAGGAAAGGACAAGAUAUCGGAGCCCAGCUCCGCUGCCUCUGUGAACUCCUCCCAGAGCCCACCCUCAGUGACUGUGGGACUAUCACUCAAAACUAAGGGGAAGAAAACAGAAGAUGUCCAUGCAUCUGGUGCAAGUUCCUGUGAAAUAUGCCAUGAAGUGUUCAAAUCAAAAAAUGUGCGUGUGCUAAAAUGUGGGCACAAGUAUCACAAGGGGUGCUUUAAGCAGUGGCUUAAAGGGCAGAGCACUUGCCCAGCCUGCCGGGAUCAUGAUCUCCUGCUAGAAAAGUAGCCUGCAGUUUCUGGAAGAGGCCCCCACAGUGAAAAUUAGGAACCAUCUUUCUGCUACUCUAAGAAGUCACACUUCACUAUGUAAUUCACUGGCGUGUUGAAUUGGAAGCAUGACAAGUUAGUACCUUUGGCAUAAAAAGCAAACAACAUUUGAAGAUCUUCUUACAAUGUGUGUCUUAAAGCUAGUGCAUGGAAAUCUUUAAUACAGUUGAUACUAAGUAAUUUCCUUACUCUGCUUAAACAUUUUGAUGAUGGCCAAGUAGUGGGUAAUAAAUGACACACAAGCACAUUCUUAGUUGUGGGGGUUGUUGUACAGGGCCUUCUGAGGUGGGUGGCUUCUUUUGGAAAGUGCCCAAAGAUUCAUAUCUCCUCUUCAUGAAAUACCAUCUGUUUGGGAUUUUUCAUUUCAUUCUUUUAUUUUUCCUUCAUAGAUUUUUUU